AUGCCGCGCAAGCCCGUGACCGACAGGGUGCCUCCGAAGUACGUCGACAAGGGCAAAGCGAUGCGCAGCGACAAGGAAACCACAUUCUUGACGGCAUACGAAUUCAACAGAAAUGAGUUCGCUUUCUUGGCGUAUCUCGGAUUCGACAACGUACGUCACGGACGCCAGUGGAUGAUGACACCGCCAGUGCUCGAAGCUGUGUUCAUUUACCGCUCAAUCGGUGGACCAACGACCAGGAAAGUUCUCCAGGCUGCGGCAGAGGUCUCACUGCCACAAUACCAGGAGAAGUGGGAUCGAGACUUCGCCGAGUUCUGUCCUUCGCCGACAGCGUUCUUGGCCGACAACCCCGUCACCCUUUAUCAAACCCAAGCUCGCAAAGAAGUCAUCCAAGGACGAAGUACCAAAAAGACAGCUAUCACCACACUAACAUACGACAUGAUGGACACGGGACAGCUGGAGCCACUAGGUUCACACGAGGCGCGGGACCGAGUCUUUGCAUUCUUACUAUGGUGGCUCUUGCGCGAGACGGAGCGGUUCGACGGACUAGUCUCCCAAGAGCAGGAAGCAGAGUACAGGAGGUUUACUACGGUCCACGACUUCCCUUAUGCUUUGCCCGCAUUCGAAGACCUGCAAAUGGAGCAGCACACGAAGUUCCCUCGUCCGCAGUGGACGCACCGCCAAGAUGUCGCACCAGAAGACGAGGCUCUGAAUCGUGUUGGUCGUGCCCUCGCUUUUCUCCCGGGAUGGAUUAGUCGCAAAGAUCAAGGCAAGGCCAACUUUUCGAACGGCUGGCAUCUCUUCUGGGUCCAAGGCUGCGAGGCAACCUUCGCCGACUGUCCGAUCAACGAAGGAAAGCACGCUGGGAAGUGGGUACCGCCGUGGAUGCAAGACAUUCCGACGCAACAGGAAGGCCAAGAUUCCGUCAUCGAUAGAGCCGACGAUGGCGAUAGCUUAGAUGACAGAUCGACCGGGAACGACACAGUGAACGAUGAAGGAGCUACGACCACUCCUUCGAGCGGUGUGAAACGAACGGCGGAUGACGCUGGUCUUCCCUCUGGUGCCUCUUACUCGGAGCUUUCUCCCGGGCAAUACGGUCCGUGCGUGGACGAAGACGAUGAGGAGCAUAAGCCCGAGACUACUCCGCGAACUGAAGGCGGGUUGAUGGAGGAGCUCACUGGACUGGCGGCCGCUCUAGGACCCGCGAGCAAAAAGCUCAAGCUCAGCAACGUUCUGGAUCAGCAGGGAACGAGGGCCACAACUCCGGAUGGUCUGGAAGAACAACGUCGACAGAUCGCACGCGAAGGCGAAGAGGCGAGGCAGGCAAUCGAACGACCUGAGAUAGAGGCUCAGCUGAGGGCCAAGUUGAGGCGUAAGCACGAGACGGUAAUGGCACAGAUGAGGCGGGAGGAGUAUGCUAAGGCGGAGGCAAAGAAAGCGGCGUGGAUCGCAGACCGUAGCGCUAAGAUUGAGGCAGAGUACCUAGCGGAGGAGAGAGCGAAGAUGGCAGGAGUGCUCGCAAGGAUCGGAACGUUGUCUUCAAAUCUUCAACUCCUUCUUCUCUCUACCACGACACCGAUACCUCCGCUACGAAUCGAACACUACCACCGUACCAUCACGCACGCGAACGAGAUCCUCGCACGCGAGCAAGAUGGCACCAACGAAGGAUCGACCCGGCGCUCGAAAAGAAGGAGAGAGAAAACGUUCGGCGCGAGUUUGAUGGAGAGGAUGGCAGAGGUGAGGGCGAGAAGAGAUGAAGCGGCUGCCGAGAUCCGAGGUCUCGACAAUGUCAUCGCCAUGGUCCAGGAUCCUCAGGGCCGGGAGUUGUUGCAGAGGUUGACCGGUGAGAAGGCUGCAGAACGUGUCGAGGCCGUCGCGGCGAACCCUGCCAAAGUCACUCUUGACACGGUGCGGGGUUCUGCUUUGACAUUGCUCGGUGCGGAUACUUGGGGUGAGGUGUUUCCUGAUGUCGAUUUGACCGCAAAGGCAUUGAGGAGCCGAUUCACCACCAAAAUGAAUCAGCAGGCGAGAGGCGAAAUCCCGAUGCCGGGAACGUCAGAACUUGUUCUGGCGUUGAAGGCUCGGAACAUGUGGCCAUCGCCAGCACCGGUUCGGUACACGGGUACUGACGUGGAUGUGAGCACGGACAGAAUCGUCCAUUGCUGCUGGCUGUACACGAGGACCUCGAGCUAUAUUCCGGCCCGGAUUCGAGGUCUUGUCACCAUGAUGGGAACGUGCAUCUACGCACGCUGA